AUCCUGAUGCUAUGCUGCUACAAUGUGUGUUGGAUUAACAGCGAUUUAAGAAAUUCAAUUCAGCUGCACUAAGGGGGUGUCUACAAAGUCCUUUACGCUUCUAAGUUUCCCUUUUAUGUUUCAUGUUCCUAUGAAACGAAACUUAGCAUCAUUGUAACAAGCAGUGGGUGUUGCCUUUUUGAAUUACGUAGCAUGAUGGAGGGUAUUUAAAGGACAAGAUUUGAAAGGCUGCUUGUUGGAAGCUCCCUGUGCAUUGAUAACCUGGGCAGAUAGAAGCUGAACAGCAGUUUAAAAAUGGAGAACGUUCUGCACGAUCUCUAUGAGGACAAGGUGCGACCCUACCUUGAUUUCAUUGAUUCCCUGAGAGCGCUAGGUGUGGAUCAGGACCUGCCGUUACCCACCAUUGUUGUCAUCGGAGACCAGAGUUCUGGGAAGAGCUCCGUACUUGAGGCUCUGUCUGGUGUAUCUCUACCAAGAGGUGGUGGGCUUAUGACGCGAUGUCCUCUGGAACUGAUCCUAAAAAAUGUCAAAACGGAUGAAUGGAAAGGGAUGAUCGCUUACAAGGACUAUGAGAAAAAGCUUGGAGACCCCUCUGAGGUGGAGAGAGAAAUUAAAAAAGCUCAAGAUACUGUGGCUGACAAGAAUAAUGAAAUCAGCACUGAGCGGAUCACUCUGAAGAUCGAGUCCAGAACGGCUCCAGAUUUAACCCUCAUUGACCUGCCAGGAAUAGCCAGAAAUCCAGUGGGAAACCAGUCACAUGACAUAGAGAAGAUAAUCAAGAAGUUAAUCAACUCUUACAUCAAGAAGGCAGAAGCAAUAAACCUGGUGGUCAUUCCAUGCAACACUGACAUCGCUACAGCUGAAGCCUUGAAAAUGGCCAAAGAAGUGGAUCCUUCAGGAGAGAGAACUCUGGCUGUGCUAACAAAACCAGACCUGAUAGACAAAGGAGCUGAAGAACAGGUGAACAAGCUGCUCCGGAAUGAGCUUGUCUUCCUGCAGAAAGGGUACUUGAUUGUCAGGUGUCGUGGACAACAGGACAUUGAUGACAAGAUGUCCUUGUCCGAAGCCCUUAAACAGGAAAAUGAGUUUUUUGAAUCCAGUAAGCAUUUCAGGUACAGACUCACGAGUGAGCUUGUCCAUAAGAUCAAGAAAUCCCUUUCUACAAUUGAAUCCCAGCUUCAGAGUAAAGUUGAGAAAACCAACCAGGAACUGGCAUCGAUGGGAGACGCGCCAUCUGAUGAUUCCGAAAAAAAAAGCUUCCUGAGCAAUAAAAUAAGGGAAUUCUGCAAUGACAUCAUUGCCCUGGCAUCUGGAGAUUUUUCCCAGGAUUUUGUGAGCAAUUUGAAGCUGUUUCCUGUUAGUCGAGAGUGUUUUGAGAAGUGGCACUGCUAUCUGGAACAGCAGGAAUCCGAUUUAGAGACUGAGGAUGACUUCCGUAACAAGGCAGAAGCUUAUAUCGAAAGCAGCUAUGGAAGACAGUUGCCAGGAUUCUUACACUACGGGGUUUUUGAAUCUACAGCCAAAUACCUUAUCAGUAAAUUAGAGGAACCUGCUUUGGAUAUGCAGAAAAAAAUUUCAGAUAAGGUGAAGUCUGUGCUUAACGAAUUGGCUUAUAAGCAUUUUGUUGGAUUGCCCAACUUGCUGAAGGAGACAAAGGUUAUAAUUGACAAAAUCCGCCAAAUGCAAGAUGAUGAAGCCGAGCACAUGAUAAACACGCUCUUCAGGAUGGAGUCAAUGAUUUAUACACAGGAUGCGACUUACAGCUACAGGCUGGAGCUGAUGGAGGACACAGAGGAAGGCUGUAUGCACAAUCAUAACAAGGGUCUGAUCAGCAGAAAAUCAGAGGCCUCACAUCUGACAACCCAUCUGAAAACCUAUUACAAGAUUGCUUCCAAUCGUCUGGCGGACCUUGUGCCAAUGGCUAUCAAGUACCACCAGAUACAGGAGUCGGUCACCAAGCUGCAGGGAGAGAUGUUCAGUAUUCUCCAGAAGAGGGACCUGGUGGAUGAGCUGGUGGAGGAGGAGGGAACUGCAGCAGAGAAGCGCCGAACUCUCAUAGAGCGUCGAGAGCGUCUGAACAAAGCACGCUUGGCUUUGAUCAAAUUCUAGUCAUCAUGUUAAUAACACUGUGUUUUUAUUAAUAAAUCCUUAACUCAUCCCUCUCCCAUAGCAAUUGUUUUGAAUAUGCUUUCUUCACUUUAAAGCAUCCCUGAUUUGUACAACACAGCUUCUGAGAAAUCUUCCACAACAGUCAACAGGAAAUGUUUUACUUCUUAUCAUGCACCUGCCUGGGAAUACAUUUUAAUGAUGGCACUGCUACCUAAAAACAAAGUCUGUGCUAAAAAUACCUGAAACUUUUCAUUUUCCCAGUGAAAUUAAUCAGAAAGUGCAAGACGGUGGCUUUAACUUAGCAUAGGACCAGAUAUCAUGUCUUUAAAUGAAAAUACGUCUGCUAUAGCAUAAAGGCGUGGCACAGACUUUUUAUGGAACUAUUUUGGUAGCUGCAAUUACUUUAAGCACUGAUUGGUCAGGCCAGUUAAUUUUUUCCAACAGCACAAAACUUGGAACCUUAUCCUUCAGCAUCCUACGUUUCAGAGUUCAAAUCUAAAGCUGGGACUAACU